GUUGGAAGAGCCAUCACUUGACUGCCGCAUUCCUCCCUACGUUCUAGAGGAGAUAUCCGAUUUACACAUGUUCAGGAUGGUGACAGCUCCGUUCGUAGUGCCUGCUUUAAAAAAGCACACUGCCACCGUUAUCAUGGCCCAUGGCCUUGGCGACGAUGGCUCCGGGUGGAUGAUGCUUGCUCGGAAUUGGCGCCGUCGAGGCAUGUUCGAUGAAGUGUCGUUCAUAUUCCCUAACGCGCCCUCAAUCCCAAUUACAGUUAAUUUCGGCAUGACCAUGCCGGCUUGGUACGACAUCGCAACGCUCUCGGUCACUGCCACUGAGGAGGAAUUCCUUAGACAGCAAGACGAGCCGGGAAUCCUGCGAUCUCGUGACUAUUUCAACUCCCUCAUCAAAGAGGAAAUGGACAAAGGAAUCAAACCUUCCCGUAUCGUUCUUGGCGGCUUUUCACAGGGCGGAGCAAUGUCGCUGAUCACUGGCCUCACAUGCAAAGAGAAGCUUGGAGGGAUUUUUGCUCUUUCCUGCUACCUGCCUCUUUCCAACAAGGUCAAGGAACUACUUCCCGAAAACUGGCCGAAUGAGAAGACACCGGUCUUCAUGGCACACGGGAAUGCGGAUUCAGUUGUGAAGUUUGAGUUUGGGCAGAGUUCGGCAAAGCAUCUCAAGGAGAUGGGCAUGGAGGUCGACUUCAAUGAAUACCCUGGAAUGGGCCACUCAGGUGACCCUCUCGAGAUCCAAGACCUUGAGAAGUUUUUGGCGAAGGUAAUUCCGCCAGAGUCGAAAGAGGCUUCGCCUGGAUUAUGACUCGAUAAGGUUCAAUGUCUAUAUACCCCCUUACGUACAUUAUUAUUACCAUUAUUUGCUAUUUUUGUCGCGCAUCGGGUAUUGAGAUAGAGCGCUUGCAUUAGGAUUAUAGGUAUAAAUCUCAUAGCACAAUAUGCUUCUAC